GGAAUCGUAUAUAUACCUACCCCAAUACCUACCCUAGCAUCAUCAUCACCCCAAGUUGAAUCACACAUUCACCUCACACAGAAUCAAGUAGUAUCCCCACUCAUACUCUUCUAUAACCAAUCAUGCCUAAGGUCUACGUUUGUUCUACUGGCUGCAACCAAAAUUUUGCCAAUUUCACCGAGCUGAAGAACCAUGAGAUCACACAUACAAUGAAGGGAUACUUCUGCACGUGGCCCGAGUGUGGCUUUGUGACAAAGAAAAAAUGCAGCUACGACAUCCAUACUGCUAGGCAUUCGGGCGAGAAACACUACAUCUGUCCUCAAGAUGAUUGUGACUACAAGACACACGACCCUUCCCAACUCACGAGGCACCGCAAGAAACAACAUGGGGUCGCAGCCUCCGGCACAACCCCCGCUCCCUGGCACAUCGUACCAAUACCAACCACAACCUACUCGAUACCAGCCUCCCCCACCUACCCACAACCAAUCGUUGGGAGUUUUAUACGGCUCAGCAGAUACCGCGGACCAGUAUACCAUGUAUACCGGACCCGCGAGGGCCCAAAAUGGGUGGACUGA